AUGAUGUCUUUACAACAACUUCUACCCCAGCUUAAUCAACAACAAUCAACUUUGAAUCCUACUCAGACUGGUGCUUCUCCAGGAUCACAAAACAAUAUGGGAUUCGACAUGUUGAUGAGUAUGUUUGGUGGACUUGGAGCUGGUGGCAUGGGAGUCCCAAAUGUCCUUGAUGUGGCACCAGAGCAACUUUAUGCAACUCAACUAUCUCAACUUCAGGAGAUGGGAUUCUUUGAUGUGCAGGAGAAUAUUAGGGUUUUAUGUGCUACUUCGGGCAAUGGUCAUGCUGCUGUUGAGAGAUUUUUGGGGAAACUUUGGUCCAUGAUGGUGAUGAUGUGGCAUUCUUUCUGUUUUAGUUAA